ACAAAAAACAAAAAGCAAGAGAAAAACAAACAGUUAUCACUUUCGUCUCUCCCAAAUUUAUCCAACAUUCUCUCGUUAUACCAGUUAAGACACGGCUAGCUCACAACUUGAUUUACAAUUUAGCAUAUAAAAUAAUACUCAAAUAAAUAGAAUAACUAAAACUCAAAUAAAUACACAUCACAUACAGUGUGCGGAGGUAGAAGAAACAAACUUGAAAACUCAGAGCGAGAAAACCCCUUGAAUAAAAAGGAGAGGGCAAACAAACUCUGCUAAUUACUUUGUAUGGCACAAAGAUCAUCACUGCUCAAUGGGCUGUAUAUAUCAAGUUCAUUAAUUGAAGCUUUACUGUUUGACUAUAGCGGACAUAUAGAUAUUAAAUAUGAUAACGUGAUCAUUAGAUAGGUAUAUGAGCAUGCUAAUCUACAUAACAAAAACCGCCUACGUCUAACCUCAGACAGGUGGCGAAAAAAAAAACUCCAUCAUAGCGGCAAAUCAAUGAUGGCAUCGUUCUCACUUAAGGCGACUAAUAUUAAAGUGAACAUUUUUGAAAGUAAUAGAUAGAUAGGUUUAUAAGCCAUGCUACCCUCAAAUUUGCAUAACAAAUACCGCCUACGACGAACCUUGGACUGUUGAAAAAGAAAAUAUACAGGUCAAAGCGGCAAACCGAUGAUGGCAAGGCUCUUAGUUAAGGCGACUAUUACUAAAAUCUAGGAGAAAUAUAGCGUCUUGGGAAAAAUAGAUAUGAUAGAGAUAAAAGUUACCUAUUUUUUCCCUCACAACUGCGCAUGCGCCCGAUUCUUUUCCUUUUACGUCAUAUAGGUUUUGUAAUUGAUUUCAAUUAAUUUACAAUACCUUUAUUAAACUAAACUAAAAAUUACCACAACCAAUUGACUAAAGCCUUUGUGUGAAGUAGCUGCCCGGAUAUAAACAUUGUUUUUUGUUCUCUAUUAGUACCUUUUCAGGUUUCGAACAAAUCAUAGCGGAUUGAGAAGGAGCAAUGGAGAACCACAGGGACAAAGCGACGAUGUUUAUCGGUUUAGUGAUGGUUUUACUCGCUCUCUUUACAUUCUGCUCCCCGAUCAUAGCUGCUGAAGACACCAGUUUCAGACUGUUCAAGAAAGGUCGCGUGAUAUUGGGUGGUCUUGCUCGACUUCAUCACAAAAACGCCACCCAUGCUUGUGGAAUCUUCUACCCACCAGGCCUGGGCAGAGCUGAAGCUAUGGUCUACGCAAUCGAUAAAAUCAAUAAAGAUGAUUCAAUCCUCCCUAACGUGACCCUUGGUUACGACAUCCGGGACUUUUGUCAAGAUCCGGUCAUAGCUACAGGUCACGGGUACGAAUUUGCCAUAGCGUCUACCAUGAACUGUCAAUUAGUUCACUGCUAUUCAGAUUACCACUGUUAUUGCCACGUAAAUGGAUCUUCGGUACAUAACGAACAUUUAGGUAAGAACUACAGUACGACGUAUCCUGUGGCGGCAAUUGUUGGAGCACUGACGUCACGUGCUGCCAUCCCAUUGGCUAAUUUCCUUCAGUCUGUUCAGAUACCACUUAUCGAUUCGGCAGCAACAAGUGAAGAGCUGAGUUCAUCCAUGUAUGGGAGCUUUUUUCGAACCAUUCCACCAGAUGUGAAUCAAGCCAAGGCAAUUGCCGAUAUUAUAGAACAUUUUGGCUGGAGGUACGCAGGCAUUAUUGCGGUAGAUGAUUCCUACGGUCGACAUGGCGCAGCAGCACUGGAGCGAGAAUCCAUUAAUCGCACAACCUUUUGCACCCACCUUGUCGGUUACAUUCCGUUGUCAAAUUACAUGGAGAAGCUCAAAUUGAUCGUUUCCUUUUUCAAAGAAAGACAAACUGUGAGAGUGAUCGUUCUCUGGAGUCAUUCCUUUCAAGGGAUUGAUUUGCUAAAAGAGGCUGCAAAACAAGGGUUGAAAAACCGAGUCUGGAUCUUUAGUGAGGCCCUUUCGAUGGUUAAACCAGAAUUUUUUCCACUGGAUUCAGGAUUAUCGUCAACGGGGGUUCAUUUUGGAGUUCAGUUACCACUAAUUACAUCUAAUGGAUAUCAUGAUUACAUCAAGGAUAAAUUAUCUCAAAACAAGACUAAUAAAACGAUGCAUUACUGGUGGAGGGAGUUCUGGAUGACAGCCGCUUCUGAAAAAUGUCCAGAUACUAAGAAUGACGUCUGUAAUAUAAAGAAGGAACCUGGUGAACUGAUAACGAUGGUCCAAGACGACUUUGUGCCUUAUAUCAUCGAUGCCGUGCACACUGCAGCGCAUGCUCUUCACCACAUGUUUGAAUGUUUGCAUCCAAAUGGGUCAAAAAUUGCAGACGAUAAACAGUGUCCAAUAGUAUCGUCUACAGUGGAUACGAAUGAUGUCAUUAGAUAUUUGCACGAAGUAAGGUUCAAAGGUAUCACGGGAACGAUUGAGUUUGGCCAAAAUGGAGAUCCAUACGAAGCACUAUAUGAUAUUGUAUACUUCAAUAUCACUAAGCCUAAUGGGAUUGAGAAAGUAUUUAAGAAACAUAUUGGACAAUGGGACAAGAAAGGCAGUGGAUUAACCCUUAAUGACGAUCUCAUUUCCUGGAAAAGUGAUGAUUCUGGUGUUAAUGUCCCCUCUUCAACUUGUAACGAGGAAUGCGAUCCAGGACAAUGGAAAGUAUUCACGACUGUUUGUUGCUGGAAAUGCUUACCGUGCGUGGAUGGGAGUGUCUCCAAGACACACGGCGCCCAUAACUGUACAGCGUGUACCAAAACGCAAAUGUCUAAUCUUGAACGCACCGAAUGUCAAGACCUUCAUAUCGGGAAUGUUAAGUGGUCAGACGUAAGUGCAAUUAUCCUGAUCGUGAUAAGCGUAUUCGGAAUCAUUCUUGACAUUUUCGCUCUUGUUGUGUUUAUCCGUUUCCGUUUUACUCCAAUAGUGAAGGCAUCGAAUAAGGUCUACAGCUUCGUUCUUCUCCUCGGAAUAGCAUUGUGUUUUGGAAUGACUAUAUUAUAUAUUGUAAGACCUUCAUCUGAAUUGUGUUCUGUCCUGAAGCCGUUACGAUAUAUUGUUUACACGCUUUGUUGUUCGGCUCUGUUUCUGAAAACAAUGCAAAUUGUGCAUGCUUUCAAUGUGUCACGACUGAAAGACUGGAUAUGGGUGGUCAUUUGUAGCACCAAGCGACAAGUCAUUCUGCUUAGUUUGAUAAUAGCCUUAGAGGUGUUGCUAGGCAUUGUAUGGAUUAUUCUUGACCCUCCCUAUGUCCACGUGAACAUUAUCCCGAAAAGUCACGUGUUUCAUAGGUGCCUACCGUUCAAAGGUGUGAUUGGCCAGAUAUUUGAGCACCUUAUGCUUAUCUAUCUAAUUUCUAUGGCUGGACUUUGCACCUACUACGCCUAUCAAGCACGGAAUCUACCAGCUAAUUUCAGCGAAGCAAAGUACAUCAGUUUUUCUCUCUACAUAUUCCUGUUGUCCUGGGUAACCUAUUAUCCUAUUGAUUAUUCCCUUGAGGGCUGGUAUGUGGGAAUUUUGUCAGGUGCGACAAUUUUACUUAGCUCCUAUGGUCUUCUUGGGUGCAUUUUUGUGCCAAAGCUUAACAUUAUUAUUCGACACCCCGAGAAAAAUACGGUGGAGUUUGUAAGGGCUGAGAUGCGUCAAAGCACUGCCAAUCGAUCUGUGAAUAAUAUAAGUUCUAUAGGAUCAGGUGGUUCGCCGGUCUAAUGAAUCAGGAUGAUAUCAUGAUGAGGCAUGAUGACUAUGGUCAAUUCAUACUCCUGAUAGAGAACGAUCACUAUGAAUGGAGAACUCAUGAUCAUGCGAGGAUCAGAUGGUUUUAAAUAUUGACAAUUGGUCAUGAAGAUAGACCAAUCCAGCAUGAUGAUAAUGAUGAUGACAAAAGAAGGUAGUAGGUGGUGAUGACGAGAAAGAAAAGGAACAGGCCUUGGUAAAUAAUGGUGAAGAUGACAAUGACGACGACGAUAUCGAUGAUGACGAAGACGACGGCGAUGAUGACGAUUAGGACGAUGUUGCCCGUGAUAGUAUUUAGACUGAACGAUCUCGGUAAAUUGAUAUAGAUAAAGAUGAAUUGAUAUAAAAGCCAACAACGAAAAAUAAAUAAAGUUGGUAAACGAUGAUCUGACGCGGAUGAUCAUGAAUGCUGAUGAGUGAUUAAAAGAAAGGCAUUGGUACAUAAUGUUGAUAAUGAUGAUACACAAUGAUGUUGAUGAAAAAAGAAAAGAUGGUAAUAAAAAGAACUAAUCUUGGUAAAUUAUAAAGAUAAUAUUAAAUGGCGAGAAAUGAUGGCGAUGGUCUUGGUAAAUGAUGAAGAUAACGAUAUUGAGGAAUAACCACAAUCAAUCAUAGUUGUAAGACUCAAUGACCACAAACUGAAAAUGAUAUUUACACUUCUUAAGAAAAGUUGUUUGCAGCAAAGAGCCAUGCUCAGCACAGACAAUCUGAAAGCCAAAACUUUUGGACUUGUUCGCUGGUCGCAUUUCAAAACAGGUUCUUCUUGACUAUCCAGUAUAAACUCUUCCAACGAUCACAUAAAAGUAUUGUUUGUUUCAGAUAUUUAACAUGUAUCAUGUAUUGUUACUGUUUAAAAAAAUGUGCCCGUACUAUCAUGGGCGCACGGAACUCCGACGGCUGGAAAUGUGGACCUACGUGCUACUAUUGAUGAUCACGAAGUUAACAGACAAACCAGAAGCCAAGGUACCUGUAUAAAGUCAAUGAAAAACGAACUGACCCAGUCGCGAUGUUGUUCAAAGGAAACAUAUCAGUCCGACAGCGCUAACUAUAAUUUGGUGGCCAGGAUAGCACGCGUCUUAUCAAAAAUACAUAAUAUUAGCAGCAGUAAUUUUAAUCAAUUGUUUUAAGAAAACCGUUAUGUGUAUUUUAUGUAGACAUUUGUAAUUUUUUGUUCACAUUUAGAUAUAACUUAAGAAUUUUAAAGUUAAAAAAUGAUAAACUUAAAAAAUGUAUUCCUAAAGUUAAAAAUUGAAUGGUAUAGAACUUAUUUGUAACAAAAUAUAAGUUUGUUCUCUCGCUUAAUAAAAUGAUUGUAUAACUUA